UUCACCUGGGGAGAAAUUAGAGAAGAAAAGCAAAUCAAGAAUAGCCCUGGGGCACUUCAUAGGUGAGAGAUGGGGCAGGUGAGAUGAGUGCACCAAAAGGCACCUAGAAUCGUCCAGUCAGGUAGGAGGGGAACCAAAUAAAUGUGAUGUCCUGAAGACAAGGGGAGUCAACAAUGCCAAAUGUUGGCCAUAAUGUCAGGUGAAGAAAUUAAUGAAGACUAUCCAGUAGAAAUUCAUGAAUAUUUAUCAACAUUUGAGAAUUCCAUUGGUGGCGUGGAUGACAUGCUGAAGACCAUGAUGUCUGUUUCUAGAAAUGAGUUACUGCAAAAGUUGGACCCACUUGAACAAGCGAAAGUGGAUUUAGUUUCUGCUUACACAUUAAAUUCAAUGUUUUGGGUUUAUUUGGCUACUCAGGGAGUUAAUCCUAAGGAACAUCCAGUGAAGCAGGAAUUGGAAAGAAUCAGAGUAUACAUGAACAGAGUCAAGGAGAUAACAGACAAGAAAAAAGCUGGCAAACUGGAUAAAGGUGCAGCUUCAAGAUUUGUAAAAAAUGCCCUCUGGGAGCCAAAACCUAAAAAUGCAUCAAAAGUUGCCAAUAAAGGGAAAAGCAAAAAUUAACCUUUUGGUUUUGAUGUACACAUAUUCAAAAAGUGCGUCAUUUUUGUGUUGUUACUGUUUUCCACAAAAUCGAUGAUUAUGUGGCAGGUUUAAAUAUAUUUCUAAUUGAAUUCAUAUGUAAAUUUACAUUUUAAACUUUGAUAAUUUUUCCCUAGAAAGAUCUAAGUUAUUUUUACUGAUUUUCAUAUAAAACACUAUGAAGAUUUUAAGCAUUGUGGUGUGUUUUAUAUUUGUAUUUUACCAUCGAUCUUGAUGAGACAUUUCCUCAUGCAGGUCAAUCUUCAUAAGUACCAUUUUAUAGGCAACUAUGGAAUUUAAGUUAAAUGUUCUUUGUUAAACAUUUGUCUAGCUUAAAUGAAUAUUUUAAACUUAAUGAAGUUUGCUAAAUACUGAAGUUAUAAGUACAUGUUUUCACUAUAUAAUAAGAAUGAAAUGACUUAAAUGGACUUAAAUGUCUUUUUCUAUUUAGUUCAUCAUGUUUUCAUGUUUUGGGAAUUUACUGCUUUUUUGAUAUUUGAACUGUGAAAUUAAAACUUUUAAGGUUAUUUAAUUCUUGGCACUUUGCCUCUGUAUUCCAUUUAAAGUAAUAUAUUUUCUCAUUAAGAUGGGAAAUGAGAUUGUAUAUUGAUGGCUGAAUUUUGGUGUAAUGGCUGCACCCUUAUCAAUAAAGGCUGUAAAUGUGUAGCUUACCUAUUUACUUUCCUCCUUUGAGUAAAUUUGUCUUGAAAAAGAGGAAGAUAGUUUUUAGAAAUCAUUAGAGAUAGGAAAAUUUAUGAAUUUUUGAGGCAAUCUCAAGUACAUACAAGUGUUUUGGAACAACUUUCUUAUGUAAUGCCACUUAUGCCGUAAUUCAAAGGAGAUUGUGUUAUGUUUAUAUUCUGACUUAUUUUUCUGGAAUGUUUGUUGCAGAGAAUCUGACAUAUUUAAAGACUGUUUUAAAUGUCUUAAGUUCACGAAUUUAAUUGUAUGUUCUCAGUGCUGUCUUUGAAUCCACACUAUUAUGUGUAGGAAUGCCAAAGACGAUAAUUUUUGAAAAAGAAGUUGUUAAAAUUUUCUGCAUGAUUAAUUCUCCAUAAGUAACCUUGAAUAAAUGGAGUCUUUGAUUUAUGGUAGCAGAUAUUGGAAAUGGUCUUAAAAUGUAAUGGAUUUUGUAAAAUAUGUUGAACUCUUUCUAUGAUGCAUGAAGAGGAAGUCACUGAUAGAUGCAGUCUUGGCUCAGAUGUCAGACAAUUUUUGAAGUGAAAGAACAUUUAUAGUUGUUUUUACUCCUUUUUUCACCUUCAUCCUCUCCAAUUUCUAGUUUUUUAAAAAAGUGACAUCUUCCAGAGAGAAGUAAAUGUUAUUAAAUCAAGUUUAUGUAUGUGUAGCCUUGUGUUAUUUAUUUCAACUCAGCAUUCUGUUAAACUGGAAAUUCUUAGGUGAAUAAUUCUUUCAGUCUUUACUGGUAAAAUAAAAAGUUUGCGUGCAUUCCAUUUUAUUAUGUAUAAUUGAAAUACAUAUUAGGACAUAGUAAGGAGUGGAAGACUAGCAGUUCAUUGGGUUGCUUAUUGUUUAUUCAAAAAAUUUUAAUGAGAUCUGCAUUGCCAAAUAUUGUGCUAGGUUCCAAAUAAGAUAACUCCAGCCUUUAUUCUAAGAAAAUAAAAUAAAAGUGUUAUGCAAAAAGUA